UGGGCUGCAGGAGUCGGAGGUUACAACAAACGUUUAAAGGUUUGCAUUACCAUAAGCCUCACAAUGAUGGAGGCUACCACAGACCCAGCUAUAACCACACCACUGCAAAAGAAAGUGCCAAGAGAUAUCAGUGAUGAUGACAUCUUUAAGCCUAGAAACCAGCCAACUGCGGAAGCCAUCAUCACAGACUCUGGGUCCGAAAAGAUGGACCGGUGCAAGACGGAGGACGUGCGGGAGGAGACGGAAGAGGGGGCGGAUAGCUCUGACGCCUCCAGCCCGGAACCGCUCUCCCCGUUGCGGCCGUUCUACAAGGUCCGCUUCACCGACCAGGUCACGAAAAAUGGCGAUAUCAUCAACUACCAGAUCGAGGUGACCAAGACGGCAGCGCCGCAGAGCAGCUGGGUGAUAGGGCGCCAGUACGAGGAUCUCGAGUACCUGGAGCAGUGCCUGGCGGGCGGCGGGCGGAGCGCGGGCGUGAUCGCCCCGCCGCUGCCGCCACCGCCGGCCACCGACCCGCUGCAGGCCGAGCUGCGUUCGCGCCGCCAGCUCGGCGCCGACUCGACCGUCCUGCUCGGGGACGACUGGCAGCGCGACUGUCGGCUCAUGGAGAGGUAUCUGAACCUGCUGUUGCGUCACGAGGUGUACGGCCGGGACGCGGCGCUGGAGGCGUUCCUGACGCGGCCCGAGCCGCCCGUGCGCACGCUCGUGCGCCGCUCGCUGCUGACCCGGCUCACAGACGGCCUCUCCGGCUCUCGCGCCACACAUCCCGACUGCGACGAGUUCUUCCAGCGCGAGCGCGUGCGGCUCAACGAGUACCAGCCGCUGCUACAGCGCGCCGCUGAGGCGUUCACCGCCGUCGUGUUCGCCCAGCAGCGCCUGUCGAACCAGAUCAAUCACCUGGCGACGGCGCUCAACAUCGGCGUCGGCUCCAACGAGGGCUGGAACGGGCUCUACCACAAGCUGAACACACGCUUCUCGGGCGCACUGCAGGAGUACAAGCGCGGUGUUGACCUGUCGACGACGAGCGCGGAUGGCACGUUGGGCCAGACCCUGGAGCUGCACGCCCGGUACGCCCAGUCCGAGUCGGACAUGCUGCUGCGGCGCACCGGGCUCAUGAUCGAGUACGAGACGGCCAACCGCGGUCUCGAGAAGACCAAGGCGCAACGGCGGCCGGCGGCAGAGGAGGCCAAGCAGAGGGCGGAAGAGGUCUUCGAAGAGUGCUCCGACACCGCUAAGAGCGAGAUCCGCACGCUGCACCGGCUGCGCUCGGCGGAGCUGCUGGCCGGCCUGGGCGAGCUGGCGCGCUCGCAGAUCCACGCCGCCCAGAUCCUGCAGGCCGAGCUCAGCAAACAUCUGUCCAGCAUCCGUCAGUUUGUCGUGCCCGAGCCGGGACAGCUGGGCCGGCCGCUUUAG